UGGUGCAUUUGCAGUACUUGGUAACUUUAGCGCUGUCACAGCGUUCAGAAAAACGGGAAAGACGAUCAGCUGUUCUGCGGUUGAUGUAACUUUGGGACAGAAAGCAGUAGCGGGUCUGAUCACAGGCAUGGCAUCAGCUCAGUCAGUGUUCACUGUGGUUGUGAGCAUUCUUUUCAUUACAGAGCUGAUCCUGGCCGAGAAAGACUACUAUGAGAUCCUGGGUGUACCCAAAGAUGCAUCUGACCGGCAGAUCAAAAAAGCUUUCCAUAAAUUAGCCAUGAGGUAUCACCCUGAUAAAAACAAAAGCCCUGACGCAGAGGCAAAGUUCAGAGAGAUCGCCGAGGCAUAUGAAACGUUAUCAGAUGACAAUCGGAGAAAGGAGUACGAUCAGAUGAGGAGCAGUCCGUUCUCCAGAGAGAGUCCGAGAGGAGGCAGUGACCACUUCCAUCAACAUUUUAGCUUCAACUUCGAUGAUAUAUUCAGAGACUCAGACAUGUUUGGAAACAAUCCUCAUUUGCAUAAUAAAAGACAUUUCGAGAGCCACUUUCAGGCCCACGAAGGAGCAAGUAACAGGCACAGGAAGCACUUCCAGCACUCUUUCGGUGGUGGCCUAUUUGAUGAUAUGUUUGAGGAUAUGGAGAGGAUGUUCUCCUUUAAUGGACACCAGACUCAGACUAAGAGCAGGUUUCACGGUUCCAGCAGGCAGCACUGUCGGACUGUCACACAGCGGAGGGGGAACAUGGUCACAACAUACACUGAUUGCUCUUGAGUUAAUGUGCACACGGGACUGUCUUUUGGUUGUGUUGACUGAAACUGUAAUUCAUUUUGUUGUGCUUUUUUGUGUUAUGGAUCAGUUCUGAUGACCCCUAUAAAAUCAUCUGCACGAAUCAAACUUUUUUUGGGCACAACAUCCUCAGUUUAAGGAUCAUAAGUCUGACUUUAUACAAAAUGUACCUUCUAUAACAUUAGUAAUGUUAUUAAAUGUAAACAUUAACACUUAUUGACUGUGAACACGAUGACCUCAUAUGGCAAAAAAAUACGUUUUCAGAAAUAUUUUAAAUAUAUUUCAAAAUAUUAAAAAAUCAUGUUAUAGUUGACCAUAUUAUAUAUUUUGAGUCUAAACUUAUUUACUUAUAUUGUUCAAAAAAAGAAACAUUUUGCAUUUAAUCAAAAUGCAUAUUAAAAUAAUAAAUUUAUUUUACUUGAAGUACAUUUUGUACUACGGUUUGGCAUUUUUAAGGUUUGAAUUAAUUAGAAAAAUAUACUUCCUUAUGCCUGUAAAUUUGGCAAAAAAAAAAAAGAAUAUAUAGACAAUAUAGUGGGGUUAAAACACCACUUUAAUUGUUGAUUAUUUAUAAUCUCUUAUUAAGCUAUCUUUCAUUUGUAAUGAAGUCAAGAUUUAGGGUCCUUAAAAGCAUUUUUAGAUUUUAGGGUAAAGUGCUUCCACAUUUGUUUACAUCCGAUGCCUUUAAAAUACACAAUUGCAAUAACCAUAAAGUGCUGCCGCAAGGCUCAUUUGUGAUUUCAGCCUGUUUUAGGAUAUUUUGGAAGAUCCCAGUGCCUUUGAAACAGUUUGAGACAAAGGCCCACACGUGAUCACUAGAAGACAUUCAGAGUGGUUUAGAACUUAAUAAAGGCUGAAAGUGUGUAAAUGUUUGUUUUGCUCGAUGUUGCACAGUGUCGAAAAAUUUUUUUCGGUCAUGUCCUUAGCAAGCAUUUUACACAAUUUGUGUAUCUUCCAUCUCGACUAACAUGACACCAAAGCAAGUGGCUCUUUUGAAGGGGAAGUCCCUUGCAUGUGCAAUAAUGAUCAAGAUCUGCUUGCUGUUGGGGGACACUGUUAGCUGUAGGGCUUACCUGAAAAAAACAACAACAACACUGUAUAUGAUCCAAUGAAGUGCCGUGCUAAAAACCGGUUAUGUUUUGUUUCAGCUUUGGUAUCAUGUUAAAUUCCUAUGUGAAUGGAAUGCUUCUGAGCAAGUACCUGAGGCUCUUGUACAAAAAAGCAAUCGAUAAUCAUUCAUUUUCAUCUAAAUAACUAUUGAAAUCUAUAUAUUAUAAACUCCCUGUGGUUCUGUAGAUAUGAAUAUAUUUAUUUGGCUCUCCAAGGAUUUGAGCUAUAGCAAGACACUUUUGUCAGUUAGUUUACUCGGAAUACUUUUAUUGCUGUGCCAAUAAACAAUUACCUCAUGUUAAA